AUGGUCUGGAUCCACGGCGGCUGCUUCGUCUCCGGGUCGAACGCGGCCGCGGCCUACGACGGAUUCGAACUGUCGAGCUCCGGCGACGUCGUCGUCGUGUCCGUCAACUACCGCCUCGGCGCGCUGGGGUUCCUCGGGUCGGAGAGGCUCCGGUCGCGCGACCCGAAAGGCACGACCGGCAACUACGGCCUCCUCGACACGAUCUUCGCGCUCGAGUGGGUCCGGGACAACGCGGCGGCCUUCGGGGGCGACGCCAGCCGCGUCACGAUCUUCGGGCAGUCGUCGGGCGCGGGCAGCGUGAGCCAUCUCCUGGCCAUCGAACGCGCGUGGCCCCUGUUCCACCGGGCGAUCCUCGAGAGCGGCAGC